GAUUUCUUUCUGUUCCAGGCAGUCCAUGAAGAGGAAGUAGAAGAAUUCAUCGAGGUUGAUGGUGUUGUUGAUGACCAUGACAUUGGGCAAAAUGUUCUUCUGCAUCCGAAUGAAGUCGUGAUUUCUACUGGGAUGCGCGAACCAGAGCAGCCUCGUUACCAAUUAAUUUUUCUUUUAGGGCGGCAAAUUUACUAUGCUGAUAACUCUGUGGAAGGAACUGACGAAUUGUGUAUGAACUUGCCAGAUCUACUAAGCCGAACCAUUGUCUUUACGAACGGCUCUAAAAUGUUUCUAUGUUUUUCCAAAAGAUGCCGAAAACAACUGGCUUUUGAAGGACAUCUUUACAAUAUAAAUGGAUUUGUGAGUGACAUUCCUGCAAAUUGGAACCUUUGGCGCUGUGCAAAUCCAUCAUGUAAAGGCGCCAUUCGAACGUCUCCUAAUAUAACAGAAUUACGUGUGCGCGAACCGCACUGUAGUUCUUGUCAUCCUGAUGAUGUACAGAUCAGAUUGCGAAUAACUGUUUACGAUCUCAGAUUGAUGGCAGAGUUCACCGAUCUACCCCUUGACGCCCUUUAUCAUGCUUAUCUGGAUAAGGUAAUGAAUGAACAUACGGAUAUUGUGCACCUCUUUCCUUCGUUCGAAACGCUCCGAUCUAAUCUGGAAGAUCACCGAGCCAAUUUGGUAUAUCGUAAAAGAUUUGCGGGUGAAGCACGCGAGACAGAUUCUCAGGCUAUGUACUAUGAUUCCUUCGGUGUUGCUGCCGGAAAUAGUGCGGUGAAGUUUCGCCGUACAAAACCUUUCCCUCCUACUAUGUGUAUGAGCUGUCACGCUAUAUUUGGCAGCACUCCUGAAGUUCCCUCACAAGAUCAGUUACUUGAACAUAUGUUUUUUGAUCACAAUAGGAAAGCAGCUGUUAUAAGCAGGUUCACUUUUGCUGAUCCUGGCUUGUUUGAGCAAUGGGUUCGUGAACUACAGUAUCAUAGCAGAUACCGAUUGAAGAAGUUGUGUCUCCAUGACGAACAUAUGUACUAUCUCUGCCAGAACGAUAUUCGACACUAUAAAAACCAUAAUCGUGCUAGCGUUCCGGACAUGCAUUGCACAGCAUUCAUUCGAGUUCUUGAUUGGCGGGUGAGAACAAGUACUUCUGUGUUCAUGCGCGAACUAGCAGCAAGGCGUGAACGGACACAACAGCUAAUUCAAGACAAAGGCCUGCAAAGAAUCAAACGGAGGAAUCAACCACCUUCAUUUUGUGGGUCAUUUUUGCGAAACUUUUUCAAAUCAAACUGCAGCUAA